AAAAGAGCCUGAUCCUCGCUUGUCAUGUGAGGAUUCGUAUGCAGACGUGCGGACCGGUGGGGCGAGUUGUCCAGUCUCAAGGGAGGUAAAAGGCAGAGCGGGGGCUGGAACCCAGGUCUCUUGGCUCCAGGUCUGGAGUUUUCUGCACACAGCAGCAGUAUAGCCUCUUGACAUAAUUCCACUGUCCUGUAAUAACUCUCCUCAGGUUCGUAUUUUCCUGGUGAAUAGUGCUGAGUCAUGUGCACUGAGUACUCUCCUCAGCGUUAUCUCCCCGUGUUCCAUUGGAGUCACUGAGCCAGCCUACCAUGCCCAGGGGGAAUCAGACGGCAGCAGUGACUGAGUUUAUCUUGCUGGGAUUUGCCCUCAGCAGGGAGGUGGAGCUGCUGCUUCUGGUGCUCCUGCUGCCCACGUUCCUGCUGACUCUGCUGGGGAACCUGCUCAUCAUCUCCAUCGUGCUGUUCCACUCCCGCCUCCACACCCCCAUGUACUUCUUCCUGUGCAACCUCUCUGUCCUGGACAUCCUCUUCACCUCAGUCAUUUCUCCCAAAGUGUUAGGAAACUUAGCUUCAGGGAAUAAAACAAUCUCCUUUGCCGGGUGUAUCACCCAAUGCUAUUUCUACUUCUUCCUGGGCACAGUUGAGUUUCUGCUGCUAACAGUCAUGUCCUAUGAUCGCUAUGCCGCCAUCUGCGACCCCCUGCGCUACACUGUCAUUAUGAGACCUCCGAUCUGCAUUGGGACUGUUAUGUUCUCUUGGUUGGGAGGCUUCCUGUCGGUGCUCUUUCCCACCAUCCUCAUCUCCCAGCUGCCCUUCUGUGGCUCCAAUGUCAUUAACCACUUCUUCUGUGACAGUGGGCCCUUGCUGGCCCUGGCCUGUGCAGACACUAGUGCCAUUGAGCUGAUGGACUUUAUGCUUUCGUCCAUGGUCAUCCUCUGCUGCAUGGUCCUUGUGGCCUAUUCCUAUACGUUCAUCAUCUUGACGAUAGUGCGCAUUCCUUCUGCGAGUGGAAGGAAGAAGGCCUUUAACACUUGUGCCUCCCACCUGACCCUCGUCAUCAUUUCUAGUGGCAUCACUGUGUUUAUCUAUGUGACUCCAUCCCAGAAAGAAUAUCUGGAGGUCAACAAGAUCCCUUCGGUACUGAGCAGUGUGGUGACUCCAUUCCUCAACCCCUUUGUGUACACGUUGAGGAAUGACACAGUGCUGGGGAUCCUCAGGGAUAUGCGGGUUAGAAUUCGAGGAGUUUUAGAAAAGAGGAUGAGGAUGGUGCUGAGGAGCAGAUCCAUCAAAGAACACUAAGGAAGGGCUUCCUCUUUAUCACCAUAGAUCUAUAAUAGAAAGCCCCAGUAUUAG